CUACACCUUUUGUUGUUUGAGAGGGCCACUUUGUCUUUGUCUUCCUAACCUUUUCCUUACGACAACGUCUGUCGCGCAUUGCGUACCGUACGGUACUCACACCAUUCAAGAUGCCGACCAUGUGGCUUACGGAUACCCAAAAAAUUGGGGUGGCUUUCUGCUCAGGGGGUGGUUUCUUCCUUCUGGGAGGCGUCAUGAUGUUUUUUGAUCGCGCAAUGCUGGCAAUGGGAAACAUCCUCUUCCUGAUCGGUCUCACCCUCAUCAUCGGCGCCCAAAAAACACUCACCUUCUUCGCACGACGCCAAAAAUGGAAAGGCACCGCAGCCUUCGCGGCAGGCAUAACUCUGAUUCUGCUCCGUUGGGCCUUCUUUGGGUUUUUGAUCGAAUUAUACGGUAUCCUAGUGCUGUUUGGAGACUUCUUCGCUACGAUAGCUGGGUUCGUGGGGAACGUGCCGGUUGUUGGGCCGUAUAUUGCGAGAGGACUGGAGAGGAUCGGUGCGGGGAGUGGUGGAAGUGGGGCAGAGGCCGCUGUUUGAUUUCCCCUUUUAUUCGUCUUCUCAAGGGGAGGAGGGCUGUGUAUUUUGGUGUGAAGAGGUGGAAAGAACAAGGCCGUGUUGGGAUGGGAUAUAAGAUGCGGUGGGAGGUGUUCUCUGGAGUUUCAUUGUGGGUUGGAAAAGUUCUCUGGAUACCGUUUCCACAAACACGGGGGGAUAUUACUAUUCUCGUUCCCAGAUUACAUUGCCAUUUUUGGUUGGUGUUGUAUAUACCACACAUCAACAUCUCCUAUCAGACGCAU